UCACUACAGAGAAAAUUUAGAGACAGCUUUUAUCUCUUCUGUACAAGGAAAGCUGAAGACUAGAAUAAUUUCUACCCGAGCCUUCUCUCUAGGAGCUCUUCCCCUCGCCCCCCAACAUUUGGGCGGUGCUGCAAUUGCGGUGACCUUUCCUGGAAACAUACGAGGUGUUCCAGAGCAUACAUGUUCAGGCUUUAAAUACAUUUCUAGUUUUGUAAUAUAGCGAGCAGUUGAGCUUUGAAAUUAGACAAUUGAACUAGAGUCUUGCGUCUACUGUUAACAUUUUUCUUUCGCCUUCCAUUCCUAUCCCUGUUUUCUUGACCCUAAAAUUGAUCUGAAGGAUACUGGGGGGGGGGGGGGAUGAGAAAAAGUGUCAAUGUCACCUUCUGAAUUUCUCAAGCCUCAUUUCAUUCAUUGAUCCGCAAGAUUUUAUUUUGUGUAUGAGUGCUCUACCUGCAUGUGUGCCUAUAUCCCAGAAGAGGGCAGUAGAAGAUAUAAAUGGUUGUGAGCCAUCAUGUGGUUGCUGGCACUUGAACUCAGAACCUCUAAAAGAGCAGGCAGUGCUCUUAACCAUUGAGCUAUCUCUCCAGCCCUCUGUGCGAAAUCUUACCUCUCCCUUCCCAAUGCAUCUGAAAUUCAACUCUUCCCCGCCCUCCCUUCUUUUCACUCCAGUUGGUGAUCCUCCUCCUUCAGCCUCCUAAGUACUGAGAUUACACCAGCUGAAGAUAAAACUUACUAUUGUGCAAUCUUGGGGUUUUGUUGUUUGGUUUUGGUUUUUCUUUUUCUAAUUUUUAUUUAGUAUGCACUGGUGUUUAGCUUUCGUGUGUAUCUGUGGGAGAGUGUCAGCUCUUGGAGUUAUAGACAGUGUGAGCUGCCAUGCGGGUGCUGGGAAUUGAACCCCACUCCUUUGGAAAAGCACUCAGUGCUCUUAACCACUGAGCCAUCUCUCCAGCCAGGUUUUUGGUUUUUCAAGACAGGGUUUCUGUGUAGCCCUUACUGUCUUCAAACUUGCUCUGUAGACCAGGCUGGUUUUGAACUCAGAGGAAGUCCUUGGCCAGAUAUGGUGCACACUUGUAAUCCUGGCACCUGAGGAUAGAUGCAGGAGAAUCAGGAAAUCAGGGUUCAUCUGGGCUACAAAACAAGUUCUAGACCAGCCUGGGCUAGACUAUGUUGCUUCAAUAGAAAAAAAAAAAAUUAAAAAGCAGGGCAGAUACAUCAUGGCUCCUGCCUGUAACCCUACCCCUCAGAAGACUGAGGCAGGACAAUUGCCUUGAUUUGCAGCCCGCUCAGACUAGUGUUGAGAUUCUUCUCAAUCCCCUGCACUGUUUAUACAGGCACCUCCAAGGCCUGGGAGUGGGGAGCUGUAACUUUAGAGCAGCUUUCUCACCUUCCUAAGGCUGCAGCUCUUUAGUACAGUUACUCAUGUUGUGGUGACUCCAUAAAAUGAUUUUUGUUGCUACUUCAUAAUUAUAAUUUUACUACUGUUAUGAAUUGAAAUUUAAGUAUUUGAUAUGCAGGAUAUCUGAAAUGCAACCCCCUCCAAAGGGGUCACAACCUACAAGUUGAAAACCACUGUUCUAGAGUAAAUACUUCUCUAGGGCUAGUGAGAUGGCACUGCAGUUAAAAGCAUCUACUGCUUUUUCAGAGGGCCAGUUCUGUGCCUAUCACCCACACAACUGGUGGCUCAUAGCCACUUGUAUCUCCAGCUUCAGGGGAUUUGAUGCUUCUGAUUUCUGUGGGCACCUGCAUUCAUAUGCACAUACCCAUCCACAGAUGACACACAUACAUAAUUAAUAAUAAAAGUACUUUUAAAACGUUUUGUCUAGGAGAGAUGGCCCAGAGGUUAAAGAGGUUAAGAGGUCUUCCAAAGGUCCUGAGUUCAAUUUUCAGCAACCACAUGGUGGCUCACAACCAUGUAUAACGAGAUCUGGUGCCCUCUUCAGGUGUGCAGGCACACAUGCAGGCAGAAUGCUGUAUAAAUAAUAAAUAAAUCUUUUUUAAAAAGUUUUGUAUAACUUGUAUGAGGCCCUGGUGGGGAGUAAAUUCCCUAAGUAUUGCCAAAAUAUUUUAAAACAUUGAAACAGGAUAUGGUGGCGUGUCACUUUAAUCCUAGCACGUGGAUUACAGAGGCAGGCAACACCUGAGUUACAAGCCAGCAAUAGCUACAUAGGGAGACCCUGUCUCAAAAACAAAACAAAACUUGCUUAAGUGUUUUCAGAAUAGUGAAGAUAUAUGUGUGGGUGUUUACUUCUGCUUGUAUUUUCUUUACAUAACAACUCUAAACUGAAGUGUCAGUUUACAUCUUUUUUUGUGUGUAUGGAGUUUAAAGUAGUUCUCCAUUAAGCUCUCUGUUAGUUUCAUAAGUGUUUUAUCCUAUGUGGUAUUUGUGUUAGCUGAAAUAAUUAUUUGUAUUAGUUUUCGAUGCUGGAGAUGGAACCCAAGACCUUGUGCAUGCUCGCCAAGCACUCUUAUUUUUAUUUAUUUAUUUAUUUAUUUGGUUUUCCAAGGCAGUGUUUCUUUGUGUAACAGAGCCCUGGCUUUUCUGGACUCACUUUGUAGACCAGACUCAGAGAUCUGUCUUCCUUUCCUGAGUGCUGGGAUCAAAGAUGUACACCAGCAUGCCCAGCCCUGAUUAAGCACUCUUUUUUUUUUUUUUUUUUUAAGAUUUACUUAUUAUUUACACAAUAUUCUGCUUGUAUACCAGAAGAGGGUACCAAAUCUCAUUAUACAUGGUUGUGAGCCACCAGGUGGUUUCUGGGAAUUGAUAAAUUUUCGUUUUGUUUUUUUAAGACAGGGUUUUUCUGUGUAGCCCUACCUGUCCUGGAACUCACUCUGUAGAUCAGGCUGGCCUCAAACAGAGAUCUACCUGCCUCUGCCUCCCCAGAGCUGGGAUUAAAGGUGUGCACCACCACCACCUGAGUUGCUAAUUUUUUUUUUUUUUCAAAGUAAACUGCAGGAACAAGACUCUUGUCUCUCCAAGUUUACAAUAGAUUCUGGUGUGUAAAUAAAGCCUCAGAACUUUUUUUGCAGAGGGCAUUAACUCUGGCUGUCCCAGAAUAGACCAGGUUCACCUUGAACUCACAGAAAUCCUCCUGCCUCCUGAGUGCUGGGAGAAGGAAUUUUUCACGGACAGCCUGUGGGGCACACUCCCCAAAUCAUGGCAAGAAGCACUGGAUGGACUAAGCCCACCACAGCUGGCCACUCUGCUGCUGGGGAUGCCCAGAGAAGGGGAAGAGGUCAGCCUGGGCUGGACUAUCUCAGCUACAGGUCUGUGUGGCCACUCACCCUGCUGGCCCUGAAGUCCACAGCCUGUGCCCUUGCCUUUACCCGGACACCUGGCUUUCACACCCCAUCAGAAUUCCUGGAGAACCCCAGCCAGAGCUCCCAACUAACGGCUCCUUUUCGGAAACAUGUCAAGCCCAAGAAGCAGCAUGAGAUCCGAAGGCUGGGAGAGUUGGUGAAGAAACUGAGUGAUCUCACUGGCUGCACCCAGGUUGUGGAUGUGGGCUCAGGCCAGGGACAUCUCUCCCGCUUCAUGUCUCUUGGGCUGGGGUUGACAGUGAAGAGCCUUGAAGGGAAUCAGAGGCUGGUAGAGAGAGCUCAGCGCCUAGACCAGGAGCUCCUGCAGGCCCUGGACAAAAUGAAGAGGAGGCACCCAAAGGUGGCACAAAGAGGCCCUCACCACUGCCCCCACCAUGUGGUUCAAUGGGUUAGUCCCACAACUCUGUGUGAGGAGCUUCUGCUUCCUCUGGAGAUACCAGGCCAGUGUAGUACCCGUCUGCUACUCACGGGCCUUCAUGCUUGUGGGGAUCUGAGUGUUGCAUUGCUGAGACACUUCUGCUGCUGUCCUGAAGUGGUAGCCCUGGCCUCUGUAGGCUGCUGCUACAUGAAACUCAGUGACCCUGGCAGCUAUCCACUCAGUCAGUGGGUGGCUGGGCUGCCCAGCCACGAACUACCCUACAGGCUCCGGGAAGGGGCCUGCCAUGCCCUGGAAGACUAUGUGGAGAGGCUACAGAAAGCGGGUCCUGGUCUGCAAACACACUGCUUCCGUGCAGCACUGGAGACAGUCAUCCGACAUGUCUGUCCUGAGCUUCGGAGGCCUGGCGUGCAAGGAAUCCCCAGGGUUCAUGAACUCAAGAUUGAAGAAUACGUGCAACGAGGGUUACAGCGAAUAGGUCUAGAUCCCCAGGUGCCCCUGGACCUGGCUGCCCUUCAGGCCCACCAAGCCCAAGAGAAUCGUGUGACUGCUUUCUUCAGCUUGGCCCUCCUGCUGGCCCCACUGGUAGAGACACUGAUUCUGCUGGACCGGCUGCUCUAUCUUCAGGAGCAAGGCUUCUAUGCUGAGCUCUUGCCCAUCUUCAACCCUCAACUCUCUCCCAGAAAUCUGGUACUGGUGGCUACCAAGACACCCCUGGGUCAGGCCUUCUCUGCUCUUGAAACUGAAGACAGCUGACAGUCUGAAACCAGCAGGUGGCAAUGUGACUAGGUAUUAUGUCACCAUUUAGAGUACCCUGCAUUUCCCCGGGAUUCAGAUUUAUACCCUUUCUCUCCCUUCACAUGUAAAGUAAUAACUGUAAUUUUUAUUUAUUAAAACUCUUAAGUCCUGUUUCUGUAAA